CGAUCACGCGCAUUCAUCUUCUUCUUUCUCUCACCUAAUCACAUUUUUGUCUUUAAUGGUGAAAUCGAUCUAAUUCGUCCGUGAGAACUAAAACCAACUCUUCCCCCAAAAACCUUGCUUCAACCAUACUUCACCACUCUUCUCGCGUUCUCUGUAUAUAUGCAUCUAUACUUAGUAGAGAGUUCUCACCGUCGACGACAAUGCUAAAAUGGCUCAAUUUAGACAAUCGGAGAGAUUUAGUGUUCGCGGCGGCGGAGUUGCUUCUUCUGAUCACGUAACGAUCGGGAUCCGAAACGGCGUCGGUGGAGCUAAAGGUAACAACAACCGGUGGAGACGAUCCGUGAGAGCUGAUAAGAUUCGUCGACUUGGAAUUGGUUCUGUUGUGUUUGUUCUUUGUUUUGUGCUUGUUGUUACUCUUCUCGCUUACUAUUAUAUCUCUGGGUUUACUUAUAAUAGCUACGAUGAUAAAGGAUUUGUUGAUUCAUAUGAAGGUGAUUUUUUGACGAAUGUGACUAGAAUUGAUCCUUCGAAAGUGCUUGAGUUUGGUCAAGGUUCAGUGAUUCAUGGACGAGAUUCGAGGUAUUGGGAUAAAGAUGAUAGAAGAAGAGAUGAUGAUUAUAAUGAGGAUGAAGUGAAAAAGGAUGUACAAGUUCACAAUCCUGUGAAAGGGAUUGGUUUGUAUAAUGAAGCUGGAAGGAAUGAGUUAAAGAUGUAUGAAGCUGAGUAUCAAGCUACGCUUGGGAAAGGUGGUCAUGAGAGAAACGGUGUGCAGCGUCAUGAGGGUGUUGAUAUGGAUCGUGAGGAUGAUGAUGGGAUUGAUUCUCAUGAUGGGGAUGAAUAUGUUGAUUCUGGGCAUGAGGAUGAGAAUGAAGAGGCGCGUAAAGAGAAGGUUGGUGAGGUUGUUCAUUUGGUGACUAAGCAAGAGAAUAUAGAGAAGGAUGAUGGAGGUAUUUCAAAAAGGUCACUUGGGGAUUCUUACCUUGUUAGUAAGGGUGGUAAGUCUGGGAAAACAUCACGGUCUGAUACAAAGAGAAGAGGUCGUCGCAGAUCUUCAGGUUCAUGUGAAAUGAAGCUAUUGAAUUCUAGUCAACAAAUAGUGGAGCCCUUGAAUACUCGAAAAUCUGCUAGAUUCUCCUUACAGUAUAUAGAGAAAGAAGAUAAACCUGAUGGAGAAGAACAGUGGGAGCCUAGAUUUGCAGGUCAUCAGAGUUUACAGGAGCGAGAAGAUUCCUUCGUGGCUGAAGACAAGAAAAUUCAUUGUGGCUUUGUCAAAGGCCCCAAAGGAUCUCCAAGCACUGGAUUUGACCUGACAGAAGAUGAUACUAAUUAUAUCAGUAGAUGCCACAUCGCUGUGAUCUCAUGCAUCUUUGGCAAUUCUGAUCGCUUGAGGCCUCCUGCGAACAAAAUGAUAAGUCGGUUGUCAAGAAAAAAUGUAUGCUUCAUUGUGUUUGUGGACGAGAUUACCAUGCAAACACUUUCUGCAGAAGGACAUGCCCCAGACAGAGCAGGAUUCAUUGGUCUCUGGAAGUUGGUUGUCGUGAAGAAUCUUCCUUACGCAGAUAUGCGGAGGGUAGGAAAAAUACCAAAAAUGUUGCCACACCGACUUUUCCCAUCAGCAAGGUACUCAAUCUGGUUGGACAGCAAGUUACGACUUCAGUUAGACCCACUACUAAUUCUGGAGUACUUUCUAUGGCGUAAAGGUCACGAGUAUGCUAUAUCCAAUCACUAUGACCGUCAUUGUUUAUGGGAAGAGGUUGCACAAAACAAGAAGCUGAACAAGUAUAACCAUACUGUUAUUAAUCAACAGUUUCAGUUUUACAAGGCCGAUGGGCUGACCAGAUUCAACGCUUCGGAUCCGUUCAAGCUUCUUCCUAGCAAUGUUCCAGAGGGGUCUUUCAUAGUACGAGCUCAUACUCCCAUGUCGAACCUAUUCUCCUGUCUUUGGUUCAAUGAAGUGGAACGCUUUACUCCCCGAGACCAGCUGAGCUUUGCCUAUACUUACCAGAAACUAAGAAGGAUGAAUCCUGAUAAACCAUUUAAUCUUCACAUGUUCAAGGACUGUGAGAGAAGAAAGAUUGCAAAAUUAUUCCGUCACAGAUCAGACGAGAAGCGAAACCUUAUACAAGCAGCAACACAAUAAACAACUCUAUGUUGUACCGAGCUGUAUCCGUCGUGUAUAGUACUUUGAGGCUCUACUGCUAUAUCCACAGUGUCACUUGGAGAAAAGCCACGUUUUCUUUGCUCCGAUGACUUAGAAACUGCUCUGCAGGAAGAUCCAGAUGUUGUACAUUGGGACCGAGUCUGUUGCUUGUGGCGACAACCAGAGGAGGUAUACGAAAACAAUGUGAGGUGAUUUGUAGAUUUAGGCGGCGUUAAGAGUUUAAAC